GUUGCCACCUUUCCCGGCCCGCUCUCCAACCGCGCGGGGGUGAGUGGGCUUCCGCGACGCCCUCCCCUGUGAGGCGUUGGCGAUCCCUCAGCACCCCGAGCUCAGCUGACUCGUCCUCCUUCGGCCGGAAACCCUCCUCCUGGGCCCGCGCGGGAGGAGCGGGGCCUCUGAGCGGAGCGGCGAGUCCGCCGGCCCCGGUCUCUUUCCCUGGCGGCGGCGGCUUCUUCCGUAGGACAAUAUGUUCAAGAGAAUGGCCGAAUUUGGGCCUGACUCCGGCGGGAGAGUGAAGGGGGUUACAAUCGUUAAACCAAUAGUUUAUGGUAAUGUUGCUCGAUAUUUUGGAAAGAAAAGAGAAGAGGAUGGGCACACCCAUCAGUGGACAGUCUAUGUAAAACCAUAUAGAAAUGAGGAUAUGUCAGCAUAUGUGAAGAAAAUCCAAUUUAAAUUACAUGAAAGCUAUGGCAAUCCUUUAAGAGUUGUUACUAAGCCUCCAUAUGAAAUUACUGAAACAGGUUGGGGUGAAUUCGAAAUAAUCAUCAAAAUAUUUUUCAUUGAUCCUAAUGAAAGACCUGUAACCCUGUAUCACUUAUUAAAGCUAUUUCAAUCAGACACCAAUGCAAUGCUGGGAAAAAAGACAGUGGUUUCAGAGUUCUAUGAUGAAAUGAUAUUUCAAGACCCAACAGCAAUGAUGCAACAAUUAUUAACAACAUCUCGUCAGCUUACCUUAGGAGCCUAUAAGCAUGAAACAGAAUUUGCAGAACUUGAAGUGAAAACCAGAGAAAAAUUAGAAGCUGCAAAAAAAAAAACAAGCUUUGAAAUUGCAGAGCUUAAAGAGAGAUUAAAAGCAAGUCGUGAAACUAUAAAUUGUUUAAAAAAUGAAAUCAGGAAACUCGAAGAAGAUGAUCAGACAAAAGAAAUAUAAACAGUUCUGAAGAGAACUCGAUAAACAUUGCCUCCGAUGAACCAGAUCAAUAUGAAGUGUCAUGUGACAGUUCAGAGAAAUGAAAUGUGACCUGUGAAUGACGUGAGAAGCUGAUGGGCCAGGACUUCUUCUGGAAUUUUAUUGGAGGGACUUAUGGGUAAGAUCCUUGCUCUUCAAUGCAUCAUCCAGUGAACUGGGAUCAUAAUCGUGAUGUAAAAAUAGGUGGUGAAAGGUGUGGGGUAUAUCUGACUUCUGUCCCAGUCUGGACUCUCUGAUCUGGAUUUUUAAUUACUUUUAGUUAUUUUUAAUUAAAACAAUGUGUAAUUAAUUAACCAACUAGAUUGCAGUAGCCUGUGUAAUAUGCCCCAUGACAUCCCCAACUCUGGGUAGCCGCCCCCACUCCAAUCUGCUUACUUUCUCACUUUCACUGGCUACUCACCCUAGCUUACCUGCUCUCUGUCCACUACCAGACUUCAUUGCUCUUCAGUAAUUCCUUAUCUACCCUCAGUGAAUUCCUCAGCAAUGCUGUUUGAAAAUUCCCAGUCCACUGAAUCACCACUCCCCUUAUUCAUUAAAUUAAUAGAGUCGUAAAACUAAAAGGCAGCUUAGAGAAUAUCUAAUUCAAUUCCCUCAUUUGAUGAGGGAGUAAAGUCUUGCAGAUAUUAAAUGACUUGCAAAGUCACACAGUCCUUUGGAGCCAGAGGUAGAAUUUGAACUCAGCUUUCUCUGACUGAGCAGUCAUGGUAUAUCAUUGUACGGCUCCACCAAGGCUUAGAGAAGAGCGUGUGAAUUGGCAGGUUACUUGGAAAAGCUUUCCAAGGAAAAAGGAAUCUGUAAAUUGCAGUGUGCUGUUAUUGAUACAGUCAAAUCUCUAUCAUCAAAAUUUUGGUUUAUUCUCCUUCCAGUUUAUCUGGUCAAAUCAUGAUCUCAAAAUUAAUGAGAAUUGUCACCCCUACUUGGUUUCAUUACAUGCAUGAACUGAAACCACAAGUCUAUUUACUCUUAUUAUGCACAUCAGCAGAUGACCUCAGUUCUCAUGUCAUUGAAAUCACAGAUGCCAUUCAAAUUGACCCCGUAAACUUCUAGCUGUACAAAGUUUCUCUUUGGUCUUACCAAAUCCUGCUUUCUUUCAUCUUCCUAAUGUUCUUCUCAUCUGUGGUUUUGGUUUCAAUUUAUAUGAUGUAUUACUGCAAAUUUAUAAUUAGGGUAAAAUCACAUUACUUUCCUGAGCCUCA